AUGUUUCGGUCUGUAUCACGGUUGCUGCGUGCUCCGCCUCUCCAGCAUGCCCGCUCCCCGAGGUCCAGCCUGGGGGGUCGCCACGUCUCGUCACUAAAAGGUCCCGAUCGAUCGAUUACCGUGGCGAACGCCAGAUCGCCAGCCCCGGUUCUAGGCCAUUUUCGUCAUGCGGCUCGCCCUGUUUUACAACCUUCUCGGAGCACCAUCGGUCUCGCGCAUAUACCUCCCUCGUCGGUCAUAACCAUCCCUCUAUCCCGAGCAUACUCGCAAACCGUCGGUCCAGGCAUCUACUAUACACUCGAUCCGGAAGACGCAGAUAUGGCACGAAAGCCGAUUGAGACUGAUCUUAAACCGGCGGACAUCCUUGACGGUGAUGUACCUGAGCCUGCUGGUAAGGCUGAGAUGGCAUUGGAUCCGGAAUCAGACCAGGAUGUUGCACUGGAGGCGGAAGAGCUUCAAGCGGCCUUAGGAAGACCGCCCCCAGUCAAUAGUAGCUACCUGCCACUUCCCUGGAAAGGUCGCUUAGGAUAUGCUUGUCUGAAUACCUACUUGCGUUACUCCAAUCCUCCCGUGUUUUGCUCCCGUACUUGUCGCAUUGCCUCUAUCCUCGAAAACCGACACCCACUGCAGAAUCCCGACGAACCUGCCCAUCCUACAAAGAACCGUCCAGAUCGCAACCAACCCGCUGACGUAGCUCGUGGACAGGCUUUCGUGGAAGCUCUAGGUCUGGCCAAUGCCGCGGACUUGGUGAAGCUGCUGCGCUGGAACGACAAAUAUGGCAUCAAGUUCAUGCGUUUGAGCAGUGAGAUGUUUCCGUUUUGCAGUCACAAGGAAUAUGGAUAUAAACUGGCUCCAUUCGCCUCCGAAGUGCUAGCUGAAGCAGGCCGGGUAGUUGCAGAACUUGGCCAUCGCGUCUCUGUUCAUCCGGGGCAAUUCACGCAGCUAGGGUCUCCGAGGAAAGAGGUGGUAGAAAACUCAUACCGAGAUCUCGAGUACCAUUCGGAGAUGCUGCAGCUACUCAAGCUGCCACCUCAGCAGGACCGUGAUGCCGUUAUGAUUUUGCAUAUGGGCGGAGUCUUUGAGGGCAAGGCCGAAACUUUGGACCGGUUCCGAAAGAAUUAUGCCAUUCUAUCGCAAGAUAUCAAGAAUAGAUUGGUUCUAGAGAAUGACGACGUCAGUUGGACAGUUCAUGAUCUGCUCCCCAUCUGCGAGGAACUUAAUAUCCCUCUGGUACUUGAUUACCACCAUCAUAAUAUUUUGUUCGAUGCAAGCGAAGUCCGCGAGGGCACAGAGGAUAUUAUGCAACUCUAUGACCGCAUUGCGGCCACCUGGUCAAGGAAAAAUAUCAACCAGAAAAUGCAUUACUCUGAACAAACUGCCCCUGCCAUCACACCCCGCCAGCGCCGCAAGCACAGUGACCGCGUCUCAACAUUACCCCCUUGUAUCCCAACCAUGGACUUGAUGAUCGAGGCCAAGGACAAGGAACAGGCAGUCUUUGAGCUGAUGAGAACAUUCAAACUUCCCGGCUACGAUCUCAUUAAUGAAUUGAUACCCUUUACACGAACUGAUGAAAACAAACCCUUCAAACCCCCACGAAAAACCAAGAACAACACUGGCUUUGUUGACCUGGAGGGGUCCACCCCGCCAGUUCGCACAAUCUCCGAUGAUGAAGUCGGCAUGGGUGGGCCUGAUCGGAGAGUCUACUGGCCUCGAGGCAUGGAAGAGUGGCUCCGACCUGCCAAGAAAAUUGUGAAGACCAAGUCAGCAGCCAGUCCAGCAAAGGGCAGUGCGGCAAAGAAAAUCAAGAUUGAGCCCACUGAACCCAAUGGUACUGAAGUGAACGGUGUCUCCGAACCAGUAGCUAAGAAACCGGCUCGGGCACCACGGACGCCAGUCAAGUCUAAAUCCCGUGCGAAGCGCAAAGCCUCCGACAUCGAGUCUACCCCGGAGUCGGAAGAUUUGAACUCCAUACCUGCCGAAGAGCCCGCUCCAGUUGCGAAUCCUGCUUCUCGGCGAAGCAAUCGAGCUAAGAAAGUCAACUACGAUGAGGAUAGUGCAUAG